AUGGAAAUAAAUAUAAAAGAAACAACACAAGAAGAGAUUCGAUUAUUCAUUUCUUCUCAUCCUGUCACUAAUCCUCUUCUCUUUUAUUUGAACACUUCGUCUGUCUUUAUUCCUCAACAAGAAUAUAGUCAAUGGCUUCAAUUAAUAUACAAAACACUCAUUGAAAUCAACGAAUCAUACUCAGUGUUAUUUGUUUUACUUAUUCCACGUGUUAACUUAUUCCCUCGUUAUAAUAAUGUGGGUGUGGGUGGAACAUUUGACCGCCUUCAUUGUGGUCAUUAUUCCCUCAUUCAAACGGCUUUAUUCACUUCUUCAUCACAUCUUGCCAUUGCAAUCACUGGUGAUGCAUUACUUCAUUCAAAACAAAACUAUGAGUUGAUUCAUUCUUUCACCACUCGUCAAACACAAAUCAUUGACUUACUUCAUACCAUCAACAAAUAUUAUCCAAUUCCACCUUACACAAUCUCCGAAAUUAAUCAACCCGAAGGAACAUCAACUACUGACCCUACUCUCGAUUGUUUAAUUGUUAGUGAAGAAACACAAAAAACUAUUUCAUUCAUUAAUAACAAACGAAUUAUGAAUGGAUUUCAACCUUUACAUUCAAUUACUAUUAAUCUUAUUCUUACCACAGAUGGCUCAAAAUUCUCUUCUUCUACUCUUCGUUCUAGAGAACGUUUACAAAAUAAUUCAACCCAGAAUUAA